AUGGAACUACCACCAAGUAACAAAAUUCAAUGUUUUUGUGAGCAUUUUAUUUUAAAACUUGAUAUAUAUAGAUUUCCUGUUGAUCGAUGGCUUGAUGUGGAAGAAGAUGACAAACAAAUUAGUCUCGAACUCGAACCAAACAAAAAACCUGGAUCAAAGAAAAAUAAAGGAACAAAAGAUGCUCCAAAGACUCAAGGUGGCGUCCAAUAUGACGUAACUGUUACAACAGCUAAGAAACGAGGAGCUGGAACUGAUGCGAAUGUAUACUUAAGUAUAUUUGGUGAUAAAGAUAAAAUCGAACGAAGUCAUUUAAAAGAAACAGUUGAUCAUAGCAUGAAUUUAUUCGAAUCUGGCUCAGUAGAUCGUUUUUCAAUAAAUGGAGUAGAUGUUGGCAAAAUUCAAACAAUUCGAAUUGCACACGAUGGCACUGGAAUGGGUGCUGGUUGGUAUCUGGAUUCAGUUGAAGUUCGUCAUGUUUCACGCAAUGAAAUAUCUAAGUUUCCUGUUGAUCGAUGGUUGGAUGCAGGAGAGGGAGAUAAGAGAAUUUCACUUGAUCUUGAACCAGAUAAAAAACCGGGACAAGGAAAAUAACGAACAUAA